UCGUGGUGACAGGGGUCGGCCCCGCAUCACGCCUUGCCUGCAGCCCUCACAAACGGGGAUAUUCUGCCCGGUUUUUGCUUCGCGCUGCGCUCGGUUUCCAGGCUAAACCCUCCCGUGAACUGCUGACGGCAGAGUUUUCCAGAGAACCUGGCAAGAAGCAGCGUGAACGUGCUGAUGUGAAUUUCCACGUUAAUCUUCUGUGAAGCGGGCGGCCCGUGUGCGAGGGACAGCCGGGAGAAAUCUGCGUGACGUUUCCAUAGCUCGCUGCGCGCCCGCGCUAUUGAGAGGAAAUCUCAUGGCUGGAAUUCCGUGGACGCAGCUGCUGUAUCAGCGCCCGGGGAAUUCUGCUGUUCUGUUCAGAAGCAACCCAUAAAUAGCGGGGCCGCCCGCGCCGCCCGGCACAGCGGAACCGCGCCGAGAGGUAGCACUGCUGGGACUGCAAGGGGCUUGCACAAAGACUUGGCACAAUGACCGAGCAGCAAAGUCCCCCCGAGCAGAUGGCGACUGGGGAGGGUGCUGGCGAGCGAGGUGGCAACUACAAGAUCACGAUCUACGAGCUGGAGAAUUUCCAGGGGAAAAGGUGUGAGCUGACAGAGGAGCUGCCCAACAUCACCGAGAAGGAGAUGGAGAAGGUGGGCUCCAUCCAGGUGGAGUCUGGCCCGUGGCUGGGCUUCGAGCGCCAGGCCUACGCCGGGGAGCAGUUCGUGCUGGAGAAGGGCGACUACCCCCGCUGGGACUCGUGGUCCAACAGCCACAGCAGCGACAGCCUGAUGUCCCUCCGGCCCCUCCAGAUUGACAGCGCUGACCACAAGAUCCACCUGUUUGAGAACGCGGGCUACACCGGGCGCAAGAUGGAGAUCGUGGAUGACGACGUGCCCAGCCUCUGGGCCCACGGCUUCCAGGACCGCGUGGCCAGCGUCAAGGCCCUGAACGGAACGUGGGUGGGCUACGAGUACCCCGGGUACCGGGGCCGCCAGCACGUCUUUGAGAAGGGCGAGUACCGGCACUGGAACGAGUGGGACGCCAACCAGCCCCUGAUCCAGUCCGUGCGCCGCGUCAGGGACCAGCAGUGGCACCAGCGGGGCUGCUUCGAGAACAGCUGAGGGCCCCCCAGCCCCCCGGGGCCGCUCGCGGGCUCCCCCGGCUGCUGCCGUGACCGUGGUGGUGUUUUCUGUGCAAAAACCUCAAUAAAGCUCUGAGCUGGA